AUGCGGUCCAUCGUCAAACCAGGACCGCGGCCAGGCGCAGGAGCUGCAGGCGGACCGGCGGCUGUCCUCCUGCCGCAGUACACCAAGGCCAGGGAGGACAACGACACCACCAAGCAGCAGGCACUGCUCGCGAUCUGCCCAGGGCUUGGAGAGAUCUGGAGGCCACCACCAGUCAAGUCACCCGAGGAACAGCUGACAGCGGCCGCACAGAAGCUUCGACGACUACAGACUCAACAGGGCAAAAUCAAGGCGCAGCUGGUGGCGGCUGCCCAGUCCCAGAAGGAGCUCCUCCACCGCCUCAGUGAGAACUUGGAGCAGUGCUUGGCAGCGCAGGCGGAGGUGGACAACCUGGUGGGGAAAACCACUGUGGGAGCAGCUACCGCGGCAGAUCAGGAGAAGCCCCAGGAGGAGACCGAGUUCCCAGAGCUGGGCGCAGAAGACUUGGAGACGCUGGGAGCUGAAGGAAAGCGAGAGUACGAAGCGGCUAAGAAGGCAGCAGCUGAGGCGUCGGCGGCGCUCAAGCAGGCGGCGGCAACAGGCCAACAUGCCAAAGAAGCAGCUAAGCGACUUCGGAAGCUACACAAGGAAGUCAACACCAAGCGGAAGAAGAGCAGCGACGGAACGGCCCAGGCUACCAGUGCAGGCCCUGAGAACACCACCAAGGUAGACGAGCAAGGCGUCCGCGCUGAGAACCUGGACUUCACAGAUCCUGAAGCCGUCAACAAGUGCAUUGAGGCAACGGCCCAGUUCAAGGUCAAGGCCAAGGCGCAUCAGCUGGGACAACCUGCGGGUAACUCCAGCGGACGCGUCGCCAAGCCCAUAAAUGCAGGUGCAUCUGUGGACCGCGCGCUACACGUGCUGUUCGCGAACGUCACUCACUUCGGCGAGAAGGUGCGGCAUUAUGUGCAGCACACCAGUUUUGACAUUGUCGGCAUUGCGGAACACCACUUGCUCGGGAAUGCCACGAAGAUCGAAGCCAUGAAGUUGCGGCGCCAGGGGUGGCAUUCGCAGCACACGUGGACUCCAGCUACACCUACGGGGCGGAGUACGACUGGUACUCAUGGGGGAACCUGCUGGACGGCGCGAGCAGGGCUUCUUACUUCAGCACACCUACCUGAUGCGACGGGGAAGAGCGUGUUCCAGAAGAACCUGAAGGACAUAUCAGUUAUGAUCUGGAGACGCAAGGGAGUCACACUAGCGCUGAUCUGCAUCUAUUUAGACUCGGGCAAAGGCUUCGAGAACGAGAAUGCGAGCAAGAUGCUCCAGCUAACGCGCGUGGUCAAGUCCUUCGCCGUGCCGUGGGUCGCGCUUGGCGAUUGGAACAACACGCCAGAGCAGUUCGCAAAUACCAGAUGGCUGCAAGCUCUCGGAGAACUCCUUCUACCAGCGGACAGCCCAUUCACGUGUACUUCGGGCAAAGGGCGGCUCAUCGACUACGGAGUCUGCUCACGCAAUUUCUUCCCGUUGGUCAAACACUUCAAGGUGGUGCGAGAUGCGCCGUCGAGUCCGCACCUCGGACUCGAUCUGGCGCUGGCAGCCAGGCCAGCAGCGGUCAAUAUCCAGGUGCCGCGACAACCCGUCCUGUUGCAAAUCCCGACGCAGAAGAUGAAGAUCAGGAAAAGUCCCAAACGAGCUCAGCACGAUCGGGAGCUUCACGCGAAACUGACCCAACCAGAAGACGACCACGUCACCAACACCAGCAAUGACCCGCACGACAUCCACCGACACCUGCUGGAGGAGGAGUACCUGAAGGAGGUCAAAGGUAUGACGACAGAUGACAUGUGGAUGGAG